AUGGCCAAAGAUUGUGACGCGGUUGAUGCUGAAAAUGGAAGCCGGUCACGUCCGCAGGACGGAACAGCAGGCUACGCGAAGAUGACUCACGUGGCACUCUCUGCGACACGCACGAGGCUAGACUGUCGAAAGAAACGCAUGCGACAAGCGGUCUAUGGCAUCGGCAAGCGUCUAGGACACCUCCACCAGGGCGCUGUGCGUCAGCUAUGUCCGGAGGGAACUGACAUUAAGGAGGAGAGGUGCUCAACGUGCAUGCAAGGCAAGCUCAAGAGGAAGAGUUUUCCAGCUGCUGAUGCAUCGACGCGAGCCACAAGAUCGUUGGAGCUGAUCCAUUCAGAUGUCGGGAGCGUCACACCCACAUCGAAAGGAGGAUCAAACUGGUUUGUCACAUUCAUCGACGACUACUCGAGGUACACCGUUGUGUACCCGAUGAAAACAAAGGGGGAGGUGCUUAAGAAGUUUGACGAAUACAGGCGAAUGGUUGAAAAUCUCCACAACGCAACCAUCCAGAUCCUUAGAAGUGACAACGGAGGAGAGUACACAGGAAAGGAGUUCCGGCAGUAUUUGGUCAAUGGAAGCGGAGACGCAGCACGACCUGGUGGGACCAGUGUCAGUCCCGUCAGUGGUGACAAUGACGUAGUGAUCGUAAGCAGUAACGCCGAAGACUGUGACACAUUCAUGGAGUCACCAGCAUUGGAAGAAGUUGUACCAAGGCCUGUCAUCGAAGAAGGGGGACAAAGCCUGGAGGCGUCACCGCCAGAAGCUGUACCGGCUGCGUCACCACCGCCGGCAGCUGAGCAAAUGCUGGAUGCGUCACCACCGCUAGUGGCGCCAAGACGAUCCGAGCGGCUGGCAGCCAAGCCCCGGCCGAAUUACUGCUGUAUGGCCAAAGGAAGUGGUGCCAUCCCGGACGCCGCCACUGUGGAGGAGGCACUCCUCAUGCCUGACGCAGAAGAUUGGCAGAACGCCAUAGAGGAAGAGUUGGGAAAUCUGAGGAGAAACGGCACGUGA